AUGCCGAAGAAUCACGACAUGUCAGGUGAUGCUCCAGCCAUAUCAAAGGAUGUACCAAAUGGGGGGCUCAAUUUCCUGUUGUUUUUAAACAACAGAACGAACAGGUCCAACAACGGAACCAACAUGUUCAGCAGCAGAAUCAAGCACUUUAACAGCAGAUGCAGCAAUUGCGUGCUUGUGGAGCAGAAAUUAGGAUCGGAGCAAUCACCCACGAAACAACAGUCUUCUAAUGCGUACGGCGACCUAGUGCGGGACCUGCCGUAUUUCAACUACGAUGAGGACGACGAUUCCACGUUUGACGCAUGGUACAAACGCUAUGGACGGGUAAUCGAUGAUCGAGGAUCUUCACUUCCCGAUGGCCGUAAACGAGACCUUAUUAUCGAUAAGUUGGAUAAGGCAACAUACAAGACGUAUUCGGAACACGUCUCACCGUUGGAGCCGCGAGACAUCGAUUUAUCCACUACUGUCAGACACUAG